UAAACACAAACCAACAACACAUUCAUUCCCCCCUAAAUCCUUGCUCCCAACUGCACAACAAUCAAUCAAUCAUCUCUCUAAUCCAAGAUUAUUGUGAGAGAAGCAAACAAAAAUUAACAAGUUGUGGUUGGUCCGAGCUUGGAUAAUAAAACUAAAAAACGCAAAAAUGGUGCGCGCGCUAGAGGAGGAGAAGGAGCAUUUGCGAGCCAAGCUCGGCCAGUUUAAGGGCAUGUUUGAUGGGAUCAGACAAACUAAGAGUUUGGUCAUUGAGACUAAUGGAGGACCUUCCACGCCCAGCGAUCGCCUCUCCAAGAGCCAGGCUUCGAGCCCCCUCACCGAUCCUAAUGACCAGCAGCAGGAACAACCCGUCCCUCCAUCUUCUGAUAGUGAACGGGCUGAGCCUUCCCAAUCCCGCCCACCUCCCAGCGAACCCCCCGCUCCUCAGCCCCGUGGGCCCCCAACAGAUCUGGACAUGAUGAAGGAAAAGUUUGCAAAGUUGCUUCUAGGAGAGGACAUGUCCGGGGGUGGAAAAGGCGUCUCCUCGGCUUUGGCUUUGUCUAACGCUGUUACAAACUUAGCAGCUUCUGCAUUUGGAGAGCAAAAGAGAUUGGAGCCAAUGGCACCAGACACAAAGGCAAGGUGGAAAAAAGAGAUUGAUUGGCUCUUAUCUGUCACUGAUCAUAUUGUUGAAUUUGUUCCUUCUAAACAAAAGGCUAAAGAUGGUAGCAACAUGGAGAUCAUGAUAACAAGACAGAGAACUGACCUUCACAUGAAUGUUCCUGCCUUAAAGAAGCUGGAUGGCAUGCUCCUUGAUUGCCUGGACAACUUCAAGGACCAGAACGAGUUCUACUACGAGAAGGGACCUAGCAACAACGAAAAAUGGUGGAUCCCGACACCUAAGGUGCCUCCCAACGGCCUGUCCGAGGUUACGAGAAAAUGGCUGCAGUAUCAGAAGGAUUCCGUGCAGCAAGUUCUGAAGGCAGCGAUGGCAAUAAACGCGCAGGUUUUGACAGAGAUGGAGAUCCCAGAGAGCUACAUAGAAGCUCUUCCAAAGAACGGGAGAGCGAGCCUCGGGGACGCGAUGUACAAGAGCAUCACGGACGACUUCUUUGACCCGGACGUGUUCCUCCAGUCGGUGGACCUGUCAUCGGAGCACAAGAUCGUUGACCUGAAGAACAAGAUCGAGCAAUCGGUGGUGAUAUGGGAGAGGAAGAUGAAUGCCAAGGACAACAAGUCUGCUUGGGGAUCAGCUGUGAGCAUGGAGAAGAGAGAGAUCAUUGAAGACAGAGCAGAGACAAUCCUGCUCAUUCUCAAGCAUAGGUUCCCAGGGCUCCCUCAAUCUGAUCUAGACAUAAGCAAGAUCCAAUACAACAGAAACGUGGGGCACGCGAUCCUCGAGAGCUACUCAAGAAUCAUCGAGAGCCUGGCCUUCACCGUGCUCUCAAGAAUAGACGACGUGAUGCACAUUGACUCGCAGGCUAGGGGCGCGGACGAGGAAGACGCAAAGACGACGCUGCUGGAUUUCAUGGGCUGGGAGCCCGACACCAAGAAUGCCGAUGCUGAUGCCAAUGCCAAUGCCAAUGGCGAUGCUCCUCCUCCCGUCAAGGCAACCACCAUUAUCACUAACAAGAGAUUCCUAGAUAAGCUUGAGACCUUGAGUGGCCUGAAAAGUCCCUCCUCACGCCAUUAGUGCUGAAUCUCAUUUGCUUUCAAUUUCAGACUUAUGUAUGUAUAUAUAACAUUAACUUAGAGGGACUAAAAUCCUAAUCAAACUUCUACUUUCUUCAA